CGUAUUCUUUGCAAAAAAUCUAGUCUUACUAAGAAACUCAUUGGCUUGAACAAUCUGACACAUCAGUUUGAUAGUUAGCAGCCUGCCUUAACACAACACGCUACCGGGAUUCACCAAUCCCACCAAACUUUUCACACAUCGCGUUAAGGCUAUCAAUUAACGCUUACUCGUGAAUAUGUCUUUACGUGAUAUUUUUCGGAAUACCCAUUCGUGUUGAUCUACGGUUCCUAUAAAAAUGUUUCUUGGGACGAAUUAAUUCAUAUCAGAACGUAAAAAUGUGGAGACUAGGUGUACUUUUAGCUGUGUCAUUUGCAUUCGUCGCUGCGGAUGUCAAACCGACAAAUGGCGAUCUCAUCCAACGGCUAAAGCGUUCGCCAUACGAAUGUCAAAACAACCAGUACCCUCCGCCACCACCACCACCGCCGCCGCCGCCACCACCGCCACCAUUCUGGCGCCAUCACCGCCACCACUGGCCACCACCUCGCUUCGACGCGUACUCGGAAGCUAACGCUGGAUCGUUUGGCCCCGGUGGCUUCAACCUACCCUGUGCUACAUGUGGGGAUAAAGGAGGUGGUUCCAUAAGUAACGCCAAGAGUGACACAGGGGAUGCUAUAGCUGUUUCUAUUGCUAAAGCUUCACCUAAAACAUGAGACAAAAGCGAGCUAUUUUGAUGCCUUCCCUUAUGCGUUGUUUUUAAUAUAUUUACCCCGGAUUUGGAAUGGCAAAACAGAAAUGAAAUCAAAAAUUUGUCAAAAAAAUUGACGAUUUGAUCAUAGCCAUGAUUAGUAUUCUGCCAUGAGAGUACUUUCAAUUCUGAAACCGGGGUAAGGUUUUAUUUCUGUGUAUAGUUUUUAUCUAUUAAUUAUGUACCUAGGGGCUCCCGACUGUAGGCGGUUUCUGCCUAUAUUCAGCGAUGCCUGAUAGCAAUAAUGAAUAAAGUCUGUUAUUUAA